AGGGCGCCGCUCGCUAGCCCGCUGGAGGAGCGACGGAAAUGUGUCCGUGCGCGGCCUCCGUCUUCCUGUCUGCCUCCCUGCGGGCGGGGCAGCCAAAGAGGAGGAGGAUGCAGCCCCGGCGCUGAGAGAGCCCGCCGCGCCCCCCGCCGCCGCCCCCGGCGGGCCCAGCCAGCACCAUGCUCAGCAUCAACCCUCUGGAGAACCUGAAGGUCUACAUCAGCGGCCGCCCGCCCCUCGUUGUGUUCAUGGUCAGCGUCAGCGCCAUGGCCAUCGCCUUCCUCACCCUGGGCUACUUCUUCAAAAUCAAGGAGAUCAAGUCGCCCGAAAUGACCGAGGACUGGAAUACUUUCCUGCUGCGCUUCAACAAUCUGGACUUGUGCAUUUCGGAGAAUGAGACCCUAAAGCACCUCAUGAAUGACACCACCACUCAAGACAGCGCCAUGACCAGUAGCCAGGCCCGGCCCUCCACUCCCUCUCCCCAGACACUAGAGGAUUCUGGCCCCAUCAACACCUCUGUUGCCAUCACUCUGACACUGGACCCCCUCAAGCCCUUUGGGGGCUUCUCCCGGAAUAUCACCCACUUGAGCUCCACCAUUUUUGGACACCAAAUCGGCCUCUCAGGCCGAGAAGCUCACGAGGAGAUCAACAUCACCUUCACCUUGCCGGCUGCCUGGAACUCGGACGACUGCGUUCUGCACGGCCACUGUGACCAAGCUGUCUUCCCCACCUGCAUGACUGUGACAGCGGCCUCCACUGUCUUUCCUGUCACCGUGCAGCCUCUGCACUGCAUUCCGGAGACCUACAUCAACGCCACCUUCUGGUACAAAAUCUUCACCACGGCGAGGGACUCCAACACAAAGUACUCCCAAGACUACAACCCUUUCUGGUGUUACAAAGGCGCCAUCGGCAAGGUCUACCAUGCAUUAAACCCCAAACUGACGGUUAUCGUUCCUGACGACGACCGCUCGCUCAUCAACCUGCAUCUAAUGCACACCAGUUACUUCCUCUUUGUGAUGGUCAUCACCAUGUUCUGCUAUGCAGUCAUUAAAGGCAGGCCCAGCAAACUACGGCAGACCAGCUCCGAGUUCUGUCCUGAAAAGGUUGCUUUUUCAGAAGCAUGAUCUCCAUCGCCUCCUUCCUCCCAAAGUGACUGUCCGAGUCUGCUCUCUGCUGAGCCCAGAACUGGGCCCCCCGAUUCGUUACGGAUUCCACUCUCUUCUACUGUUGGGUUAUUCCAACCAAAGACAUUUUAAGUGCCUGUAACACGGUUAUUUAUAUAAAAGUCUGUGCUUGGAACAGGGGGAGCCAGUGUGGUUGGCCGCUGCCUGGGACCAUUUUGAACUCUUUCCUCCUCUGAUGUGGGACUGUUGUGUGAUGGUCUGACUCUGCCUAGUUGGAGGCCAGAGAUUAUUUCUGGUCUUGCGUUGGGACAAUUCGGAUGCCUUUUGCAAGCGUCUCGAAAAAGCACCUUAUCUCCCCCCCCCACCCCCGUCUAGCGGUCUGUCCGAAGCGGUUUUGCAUCUCAGAUCCAAUCCUGUAACGCCAAAACCACUGAUGCACUCUGUGGGUUCACUGUGUCCGUGACUGACCAUCUCUUCCUUUCCCCGUUUGCUCCCUGCUUGCAGAAAGAUACCAAUGUUUCUAGAUUUGUUUCGAAACAAUAUUCUCUCUCUCUCUCUCUCUCUCUCUCGAGAGAGAGAGAGAGAGAGAGAGAGAGAGAGAGAGAGAGAUACAUAUUCAUGUGUUAAUUCUGGCUGUAGUGCAGGAAGAUUGAUGGCGUAGUUUUAGAUGAAGAAAAGCGAGAGAGGUGAGGUUGCACUCUGCGUUCUAGUUCCAAAGCGACACUUGAAGCCGAUAACUGCUUGGCUUCCCGCUGGCUUCCUCCUGGACCAAUCGGGGCUGUUGCUGUGAGGCAACCUUUCGUAUGCAGGUACAUCUGGUGAGUUGGAGUUCCUGGGACUAUACCAUUUCAGGUGGGGGUGGGGGAGGAGAUGCCGAAUGCUUGUGCACACCCCACAUCAGAGCCUCCACUUGCGUAUCGGAGAGUGGGUUUACGGGUCGCUGCCUCUCUGGCGCGAUGCGAGCUUUUUAUGAGGAUGAAAUGGAAGAGUCGCAGGACUCCGCUUGGUUCAUCAGCACAGUAGGGCAGUUCUUACCAUUGGAAAAGAAUAUUCCGUUGGGCUUGGGGGACCCUCAUGAAAGGGGUUAAAGGACACUGGUGUUCUAUUGCUGGGUCAGCCUCUUAGUAACACCCUCAAACCACAUCUCCAUAGACCCAGUUUGGUUGCAGCUGAUUGUUAUCUGCGCGGAAAGAUUACCAGCCCACUUGGGCUGCGGAGGAGGCAAGCCGUCCUUGCAGACUUCCCAGUGGGUGCUUAAGGCUGGGCUCUUCUGCCUUUGCUUGACGGAGGGCUGCUUUCUUACAGGUUUUCCUUCUCUGUCCUUUCUGGAUGGCCUCUUGGUUUGCACAGCCUUCUCCAAUCCAUCCUCCAGUUUCACUCUUGACUUUAAAAAAAAAAGGCAUAGGGGAUCCUUUUUGUCACUGCUUUCAACACAGUUCUGGCUGCCUUAAUAGUUCCCCAUCUUCUGAGCUCUCCUGCCUGAUAGCACCCUUCCCCUUCUGGAGUCACCCUUCCCUCUGCUUUUAUUCUCCCAGAGUAGUUUGAGAACUCCUUGGUUGGCAUUUUGCACAGAAGGACACAAUGCGCGGCUUGCUUUCACGCCACAGAGUCCCUGCAUUGGUUUUGUUUGCUUGUGGGGUGCCUUGGGACCGUCUCCAGGCCUGUGAUGUUCUUUAGGGGGUUCUAGUCCUGGGGUCAAGAAUCUGGGGAGGGAAUCUGAGUAAGAAUACUGAAAAAGGGGAUGGCUCUCUUAGAAUUGGAGGCUGGCGGGGCGGGAGGGAAUCCCAGCACCACAGAAGUUUUGAAUGUCCUAUUUUGAAGUAGAUUCUUGAAAACAGAAUAUUGUGUUACUCUCACCUUUUGCUUGUAUGGUCCUUUGGGAAGGUCCGGGGGGGGGUACUUGGAAAGUGAUUCCAAGGAGUUGGGGGGCGGGGGGAAAACUGAGGCAGGAGGAGGGCAGGACGGCAUCGUGUGGCAGGAAGAAGGCUGCUUGUGGAAUAUUGCAAUGGUUGUUCGGAUCAUAUUGAUCUUAGCUUUUUUUCCUUCUUCUAUUCCCCCCCCCCCCGCCGCCCCAUUUUUCACUAUUACUUGAAUCAGUUUUGAUUCCAUUUGUGUCUCCUCGUUAGAAAUCUGCCAUUCCUGAUUGAAUUGUUCUUUGGCAUUCUGUGAAGUUUCCCGACCUUGUUUCUCCUCUUCCCUCCACCCCCCUCCCGCAGCCGAGAAUUUCCUCUGCGGGGAAUGCAGGGUUAAGAUGGCAUUUCACUCGUAUGUGGGCCUGAAGGUCAGUAAUGGAUUUGGGUAAUGACAUUUCUCUCCUAGGUUAAUUUUUGUGUGCGUGUGUGUUUGUAAGAUGUGGAUAUUGCUUUGCAGAAUAAAGUUUAUUACUAUCGGUCCCCUCAA